AAAAUCAACGAAAAACCGCAAGUUAUUGCUGACUAUGAGUCCGGAAGAGCAAUCCCCAAUAACCAGGUUAUGGGCAAGAUCGAAAGAGCCAUCGGCCUUAAACUGCGUGGGAAGGAUAUUGGAAAACCGCUGGAAACCGGCCCCAAAGGGAAAUGACAACAAAGCCUCGAAAUCAGUUUGUUCAGACUGAUCUCGUCUGGCUGGUUCUCCUUAACCACCGGAAUCUCUCUUCGUAUUGCCAAGCUGAACAAGAGGGUUUCAGACUUGCUUUGGGGGGGAAAUCUGCCGAAUCUGUACCUGCUGUAAAAAGGCAACCUUAAAGAAGCGAUUUUCCUGAUUUUGUUUUUCCUUCCUCCUUUCCAGAGAUUGAGGGACUAAACCUUAACAAAAAGAAAAAAAUCCCAAACAAAAAAAAAUGCAGCUGAUUUGCCAGAAAACACGCGUGUCUUGGUCUUUAGAAGCAGCGAAUGUUAAGACACUCGGGGUGAUCCGAAACAGGAUUGUUUGAUUGGAACACUUCGGGGGGAUGGGUGGGAUUCUGUAUAAAUAAUUCGGGAGCGUCGGGGCUUGAUCAGUGUCUGCAUUUGAAGCGAUGACUCAGUCGCUGCAUCACGAUGACGUUUUUGUUUGUUCCUUCCAGCCUGUUUUAAAGAGAUCUAUAAUAAAGUUUGAUACCCUU